AUGGAGCGCAUAGGCGCCCACUCACAUAUUCGCGGUCUGGGCCUCGAUGACAGGCUAGAGCCUCGUGAAAACUCUCAAGGUCUUGUUGGGCAAGGAAAAGCACGGAAAGCAGCAGGCAUGAUCCUGAAAAUGGUGCAGGAAGGCAAAAUAGCGGGCCGCGCUAUGCUUUUCGCUGGACCACCCUCAACAGGAAAGACCGCAAUUGCAUUAGGAAUGGCUCAAUCUCUCGGAGCCGAUGUCCCUUUCACCAUGAUCGCCGCGAGCGAAGUCUUCUCGCUCUCGAUGUCAAAAACCGAAGCACUCACUCAGGCAUUCCGUCGGAGUAUUGGAGUAAGAAUCAAGGAAGAAACAGAGUUGAUUGAAGGGCAGGUUGUUGAGAUUCAGAUCGACCGAAGCUUGACUGGAGCGACGAAGACCGGCAAAUUGACUAUUAAAACCACAGAUAUGGAAACUGUCUACGAUCUCGGGAUGAAAAUGAUCGAGGCACUUACCAAAGAGAAGGUUCUGGCAGGCGAUGUUAUUGCCAUCGACAAGACGUCUGGAAAAGUCACAAAACUCGGCCGUUCGUUUGCGCAGUCGAGGGAUUACGACGCUAUGGGUGCAGAUACAAAAUUCGUGCAAUGCCCAGAGGGAGAGAUCCAAAAACGCCGGACGGUGGUUCACACAGUCUCGCUACACGAAAUUGACGUUAUAAACAGCCGGACUCAAGGUUUUCUCGCGCUUUUUGCAGGCGACACUGGUGAAAUUAAGCCUGAACUGCGGAAUCAGAUCAAUGCCAAGGUUGCGGAGUGGAGAGAGGAAGGAAAAGCAGAGAUCGUACCAGGGGUGCUGUUCAUUGACGAGGUACAUAUGCUGGAUAUCGAGUGUUUCUCGUUCCUUAACAGGGCACUCGAAGGCGAAUUGGCCCCACUGGUAAUUAUGGCCUCGAAUCGUGGGAUGGCGCGUAUUCGAGGCACCAAAUUCCGCAGUCCCCACGGUUUGCCUAUGGAUCUUCUAGACCGUGUACUCAUCGUGAGCACCAAGCCCUAUAGCGAGGAAGAUAUACAGCAAAUCAUUCAGAUCAGAUGCCAAGAGGAAGAUGUCCAACUCACACCGGACGCAGCAAACGUGUUAACAUCCAUGGCCAUGUCAACAACUCUUCGUUAUGCUCUGAAUCUCAUCGCUUGUGGACGUGUCGUUGCCCGGAAAAGAAAAGCGGAGCAAGUGGAUGUAGAGGAUCUUCGUCGGGCAUACACGUAUUUCAUGGAUGAAAAACGGAGUGUGCAGUGGCUAAAGGAACAGCAGGGGUCACUCGUGUUUGAGGAAGUUGGGGGAGCUACAGAUGAACUGAUGGAUAGUACAUGA